GGCCCGGCCGCCGCGCCAUGCGAGCGGGCUGAGGGGCGGGCAGCGCCGGGGCACGGCACCGAGCGCCGCGGGCGCGCCUCCCGAAGAAUUCAAGGUGCUGGUGUCUUACCCUGCCUGGAGCCUGAGGUCCCGUGUGCCCAUCCGCUUCCCGACGUCACCAAUGCGACCAUGGGAACUGGCAGUGCAUAGGCGGCCGCCCUCUGCCCCUUUUGCCCAGCGCCGUUUCUCGGGGGGACCCUGCAGCAGCCCCGACCACCUCCGGCGAAGCCCCUCUGCCAGGCGUCAGUGGGGACGACGCGAUCGACCUCUGGCAACCCUGCUGGGCCAGGAUGAGCCCCAGGUGCACCCUGCCUUCCCCCAGCAGCUGCACAUCCCUGUAGAUGAGCCCCGUGCCUACGCUCUUGCCAGCACGCCGCCACGAAUGCUUCACCCAGCCGCUCACCCGCCCCACCAGAACCCAUUCAUGGUGGAUCUGCAUGACCAGGUGCACCAGGGACCUGUCCCUCUCUCCUACACGGUUACCACCGUAACGACGCAAGGCUUCCCCAUCCACGCUGGCCAGCACAUCCCUGGGUGCAGCACCCAGCAGCUCCCAGCAUGCUCAGUGAUGUUCAGCGGACAGCACUACCCGCUCUGCUGCCUCCCACCCCCGCUGAUUCAGGCAUGUGCCAUGCAACAACUUCCCGUCUCCUACCAGACAUUCCCCCCCAUCAUCUCCAGCGACCAUUACAUCCUGCACCCACCCCCGCCGCCAGUGCCCCCCCACCAGCCGCCCCACAUGGCCCCCCUGGGGCAGUUUGUACCUCUCCAAGCCCAGCAUCCACGUAUGCCUCUGCAGAGGAUAGACAAUGACGUGGACCUGCGAGGGGAGCAGCACCCCAUCGCAGGCUUCACAUACCCUCCGUCUCACCACGCUCCCACGCUGUCGCCCUCCAUGCCGCUGCAUUACCUCCCCCACGACCCGCUGCACCAAGAACUGCCAUUUGGCGUGCCAUACCCCCAUAUGAUGCCCCGGCGGCUGAACACCCAGCGGUACCGGCUGCAACAGGCGCUGCCCCCACCGCCACCCCCUCCGCCGCCUCCUCCCUACUAUCCGAGCUUCCUGCCCUAUUUCCUUUCUAUGCUUCCUGUGUCACCAACAGCCGUGGGGCCCACGAUCAGCUUAGACCUGGAUGUGGAUGAUGUGGAGAUGGAGAAUUAUGAGGCACUGCUGAACUUGGCCGAGCGGCUGGGGGAGGCCAAGCCACGGGGACUCACCAAAGCAGACAUCGAGCACCUCCCGUCCUACCGCUUCAACCCCGAGAGCCACCAGUCUGAGCAGACCCUGUGCGUCGUGUGCUUCAGCGACUUUGAGGCCCGGCAGCUUCUCCGCGUCCUGCCCUGCAACCACGAGUUCCACGCCAAGUGUGUCGACAAAUGGUUAAAGGCAAACCGCACGUGCCCGAUCUGCCGGGCGGACGCGUCGGAGGUGCAGCGGGAGGCAGACUGAGGCUGGCGGGCGCUGAGCCGCACAAUUCGCUAGAGGACAAGGACGCCGGGCUGGGGCGGGGGCUGCUGCCCGCUGCUAGGGCCUGACCCUGCGCUUACCCCCCCUCCCCAAAGCCUCUCCUCGGAUGUGGUGAGCAUUGAGCAGUCUGGGCUCCCGGCCAGCCCUCCUCCUCCCCGCCGGGGCACGGACUCAGCCGGACGCCUGCCCGCUGCGCUCCCAGGGCCCCGAAUCGUGUUGUGCUGGAGGCGGGAGGUGUGUGGCCAUGCCCUCUGCGUUCCAAAGACGCUGUUGUUGCUCCAUCACUUUCCAGGUCUUUGUACUCUCCUAGGGAAUUAGUGGUUUUUUCCCUUUGUCACUGUUUUCUUUUUUACGAUAGUUUUUUCCCCCUUGUUUCCUUUUCAUUUCCGUCAUGUUUUGGUUCCUUGGCCGUUUGCCCUAGGGGCACGCAGGUGGCUCCUCCCCUCAGCAUUGCUCUCGGAGGAAACGGGGAGGAGAGAGGAAGGAGCACUGCGGGUUUGAUGCCGGCAGCACCCCGGCCCCGGGGACAGCCGGAGGAGGUGGCUGGCAGAGUGUGGCCAAGGUGGGACACCAGCAACCCCACAGCGUGGCUGGGGCAGAAAGGCAGGAACACAGGAAUGCCUCUGUCCCUGCUCCUGUGCGCAGCCUGGCACGGCCUCUCUCCUGCCUCGGCUGCCCUGGGAGCCCCAGAGGCCUAUGGCUGCUUGGGAUCUUUUGCCAGUGGGAGGAUGGUGCUGGUGCAGCCCUGGCCCCUCUCCCUGUUCAUUCCCCUGUGCCUGGCCAGCACAGCUCCCGGGGCCAGGCCAUGUGGCAUCCCGCAAGGCAGCCAAGCUUGAGGAGGGGACACCAGCCCCGUCCCUAGGGCUUUGGGCAUGUGGUGUUCCAGGUGUGCUGCCCGGCCCCCGGCUCCUGCUCGUAUCUCUGUCCCGACGACAUAAAUCAAGGUAGCCCCGUGCCCCGUCCUGCUGGCUGGACGGCGUGGUUUCCCCGGCCGGUGGGCAGCGAGGGGCCGGCUGGGCUGCGGCCCCCGGAGCGGCGGGGGUUUUAUUCAUAACUUCGUGGAGUAUUUUCAGUGCUACCCUGGCCUUGGCCCGGCUGGUGCAGGGGAAGCUGUGAGCGGUCCCCUUGCCACCGUGUCCCCCCAGCCCGUGCAGGCGCUGGGGGAGAAGCCGCCACGCCGCCGCCCGGCUCCAUCAAUCCCGCGUGGCCGUUGUUUUGCAUGAUUAAUUAGCGAGGAGGGUGACGGGAGGCGGUGGCAGGGGUGGUGGUGAGAGCACCGCCCUCCCCUCCUGGCGCGUCGCUGACGCCUGGGAGCUUCCGAGCGGACGCCAGCCCUAUGUAAAUGUUCACAAAUAUGCAUGCAUGUCUGACCAGCUUGGAACGUGGUCUUGGCUACGUCUAGCCGGCUGUGGGGUGAGGGGGGUGGGGAGAGGGGUUUUUGUGCUCAGCUGAUACUGCCAUGCACUGUACUGCACAUGUCCGCAACGCCACAG